AUGUUUGCUGACGUAGUGUGUGGAUGGAGUCAUAUGGUCGUAAUCGAGCAAAACGGAACUGUUUCCACUGCUGGCAUUGGGGACAAGGGAGAACUGGGACAAUUCGAGGUUCGAAAAUCGCCAAAAUUCACACCAAUACACAAGCUACAAAAUCUUGAGAAAGCUCAAGUCUUUGCAUGUUUUUACAACACCUACGUUUUAGACAACUGCCAAUUAUACGGAUGUGGCUCCAACACUAAGUGUCAGCUCAAGGACGUCAAAUCGCGGGUGGUAGACACACUCGAGGUCGUUGGUUCAUUCCCCGUUGCCAGCGCAUGUGUGGGUAAGAAUUUUGUAUGUUUUGUCGACACUACGGGAGAGCUUCACAUAAGAGGUGCAUUAGCGAGCUUCGAGCCACAGAUGCAGCAAAAACACCGCGGUAUGGCAGCUUUCGAGUUGAAAGCCAUGUGGACAUCAAUCACUAGUCAAUGUGGGCAAGAUUUUGCAUUCUUCGGCACCGCUAACCAGAAUCAAAACGCUGUUGUCGAAAGUCAAUUUGAUAAACCCGUCACAGCUUGGAAUACUGGCAGCGAGCACGGUGUUGUGUGUUUGGAUAGAAAGACAGUUUUCUGCUGGGGCUGGGGCGAACACGGCAAUUGCGGGCCUAUUGCCACAUCGAAAGUGAUUGACGGCAUUAACGAUGGGUCCAACAUCAAUAGUGGUAUCAACCUAACCUAUGAUAUACAACGUUUACCAGACGCAACGGUUUACGACUGUUUUGGAGGAUGUGCAACUACUUGGAUUUGUGUAGAAAUCGACAAUUAA